AUCACCCAUAAAAAUAAAAAUAUCAACAACCAAAUUAUUUGUGGAGUAUUCUAUUUGUUAUCAUAAAGAAACUUCUUUUAAAAAAUAACCAUCAAAUAUCUUUCAGUGAAACAAGCAGGAUCAGUCAGUAAAGCUAGCUAAAACGAACUAAAGAAUAUGGAGAGUGAAACAGUGAGAAGGAGAUUUGAGAUGAUCAGUUGUCACUUGUCUUCAGCAGCAGCAGAUAAUAUAUCACCACUUGCAACUCAUAUCUUCCCUCUAAACUGCAGUGGUGGUGGUUUAUCCUCUAUCAAGAAGAGAUGUGACAAUAGUAUGCAUUUUGCCAGACAAGAUUUGAGGUCCCAAGGUAGUUUCAUGAGACAGGCUUCAACACAACAGGAUUGUGACCAGUCAAGUGUGCCUUUCAAAUCCACCGGUUCUGGUAAACAGGAGUCUUCUGAACUUAUGUCACCCUUGUUUUCUCAACCAGCCAGCGUUAACUCCAAUUUUCCAAAAAUUCGAAAUGUUCACUAUGCCGUUGAUGAGUGCAAGUUACCUACUGCACUUCCACCUAAGUAUUCCAGAACAACUGUAGACAAAGAUGCGCCAAUGAAGUUCAUCCCCAAGAACUGCACAUAUGCUACUAAACAUCGCGGGAUGGAGAAAAAGCUAACCCCGAGGAUGGAUGUUGCAGAAUCCGCAGGAAAGUAUAUUCUACUGAUAGAGCUGCCAGGAUUUAGUAUCAAUGACAUAAGAGUUGAAGUUGAUAAUACCACUUUGACUGUUGGAACAACCAAGGGGAGGACUACAGCCAGCUCAUUAGGUGAUCAAACGAGCUCUUCAUAUUACAAAAGGGAGAUUCGAGAAGGACCCUUUGAGAUCAGUUGGCCCCUACCCUUUAACGUGAACCCAGAUUCUGUUUCAGCUGAAUUCUUGGAUGGACUUUUACGCAUUACCAUUACUAAACUUCGAGUCCCAGCCUGGUGAUGCCCCUUCAUGGGUAAUUUAUUUAUAGAUAUAUACACACUUGUAUAUUGUAGUAUAAAUCUGAAGUUAUAUCUUGUGUUAUUCACAUGUAUAGCGACCGUGUACAAAUCACAUAAAUAUGUUAAUUUUCAGAAUCUGCAUCAACCGGUGCAGAGUCCAUAUUUUUAGAA